AUGUUUUCAUGGAUAACGGGCCCGCGCAUCACGAAUGUGAUCGAGGAUCUUCAGCCUGAAAACAACUACGAAUCAACCUUCAUCGAACCUCCCGAGACGCCCGCUCAUCAAUUUGCCGUCAAAGCUUUCAAGCAUGCCAUAUUCGGAACACCUGCACCUGAAGAAGCACAAGAUGCCUCGAAGAAGAGUGAGAGGAAGGCGAGGAUAGAUGCAGCAAACGCAAGGUUCGAGCUCCCCGCGCCGAAAGGGAGCCGCCCACCCAUCUCGCCAUCAAAACAGCCAGGCGGCAUACUCAUGACACCGGGCACCGCAAGCAAGGGAAGGAAGCAGGUGUCAUUUGGGUCGCACGUGGUAGAUAAUGAAGGCAAGCGCGACAACAUCGGCAAGAGCGGUAUACCCAGCGACUGCCCUGGGAAGUUUCCGAGUCCUUGGACACCUGGUACGCACCUGAAGCUUGACCCCGAAAGUGACAAGCGACCGCGUACCCGCCUCACCGAAGCCCUGCUUGACGCGCGAACAACCACACAACCGAAAUCGGGGCAGAAACCCAAGGCGAGGGACGAUAGCGACAUCACAAUAGAUUUGGGUGCCCCGCGUUCUGAGUCUGGCAAAUACUGGAAGGAGCAAUACGAGAGCUACGCAGAGAAAAGCGAGAAGGAGAUGAAGAAGGUUAUUGCUAAGCAACAGCUUGCCAAAAAGUUCGCCAUGAAAAAGGAUGGCGAAGCCACCGAAUUAUCUACCCAGCUCGAGCAAGAACGCAAGAGAUAUAGACAACGGGAGCGGGAUCUGGAGCAGCAGAACAAGGACCUCCAAGAACGGUUACGUCAAGCGAUGGCCGAGAGCAUGUCGUCGAGUAUCGAAAUCGCAGCACUGAAGGCCCGAAUCACAGUUCUGGAAGCGUCAGGCUCAAUACCUUCCUCUGAACUUCAACAAAAUAAAGCUCCGUUUGAGAUAUACGAGGAUGCGAGCAGAGAUCACCCCCGGUCGCCCACGCGUGGCCUAGAUAUGGAUCCCGAGGUUUCAUUCGCUCUAAACAAUAGUAUGGCUUCGUCUACCAAAGAGAACUCGUCACCUAAACUCCGCCGCCACCGCCGUGGUACUAUCCCUGACACAUUGAAUCGGCCAGUGCUUCCAUCCAGACUAGGAACAGCAGAGGGUGAAGCCUCUAUCAUUCUAGGCAAAUCACCUCACGCACCAGCACGCGCCUUUGAGAUUACUCUAGAAAAGGCGCUUGCACAGCCUCAGCAAGAACAACCGCAGAGAUCGCCGCUGAAGAUCCGCAGACCCGACCCAACAGACGAGAACAAUGCGCCAAAGUCGCCCGCCGCGAUUGCACCAUCCAGUCCGCUGCCGAUGCCGUCGCCAGGCCUUGAUCCCUGGAUGGAGAUCAACAACAGUUCGAUAGUGCAGAUGGACAAGAUGGCUUUACCCGUCUCUACUGGUCAGCCAUACUCACGACCUGAGUGGAAUCCACCACCAAAGCAACAUCGGGUUUCGAAAUCUGUAUCGCACACCAGGUCAACGGAGACAACUAAGCUAAACGAGAAGGCUACCAUGCCUGAGAAGAGCGACAAGAAAGCCGAACCCAUGCGACGUAGAGAACGUGCAACCGAGAAAGCUACACAUGUCUCGGAGCUUGAGGCGGUCUCCGUUUCGUCGAAGAGAGUCGACAAGCAAAAGCCAGAGGAAUCCAAGGUUGACGUGUCCUCCUACCCUGGUCGUACCGACGCCAAGUUCGAUCUCUCGAAAAUGACAGUACACCAUGCAGAAGGUUCUGCAGAGGUAAAGCAUGAUCGCAGCCAAAUGCUCCCUGUCGACCGCAAAGAGCAAGCGAGAAGACGGCUUGAAGAGAGGAAGAAGUUGAGGAAGGCUGGCCCUACGAUUGUUGGUUCUUGA